AUGGGACGAAAGCGCAACUCUCGUAAAUCGAGUGAACGCGUUCGUACUCCUCGCAAGACAGCUCCGCAAACCCCGCAACUUCCCUCCCGAGGAACCACCAUGCCUCCCUUCAAGGAUGAGCAUAUCCUUCUCAUUGCGCCGGGUUCGCAAAUGACCCUGGCGCAGCUCGGCCUCCCCGAAACGUUCACGCCCGCGCAAUUCCGGUUCCCAACCCGCAUGUUCCCUGCUGAGAAGAAGGGGGAAUUUGAGCCAUACCGUGUCAAUGAGAAACGUCAUGAGGUCAAGAUCAGCAGUGGCCCAACCGCCCCCAAGGCCGACGUGGAGAUGAAGGACGCUGAAGCCUCAGCUACUGAAGCUGCUGUCAAGCCUGAAGGCGAGACCGAAACCACUGAACCCACUGAGCAGACGACCAAGACAGUCGAGGAGAUCGUGUAUGAGGAGGAUGUGGCUUCAGACGAAGGCGCAAUCUACCCAAUUCAAAAUGGGCGCAUCGUCGACUGGCCUUGCUUCUUUGCCCUGCUCACUCACGUAUACAACACUCUGAGCCCACCUUUCCACACCCCCGUCAUGCUCAUUGGACAGCCUGUCUGGUCCUCGCGCGAUCGUGAAGCAAUUGCGCAAUUCGUCUUUGAGAAGUUCAAGGCACCCGCAUUUAGUCUGAUGGACUCUGCACUCGCGGCUUGCUACGGCUACGGUACAUCGACCGCCACCGUUGUGGAUGUUGGAAAGGGCAAGGUGGAUGUGACUGCUGUGACCGAUUUCGCAGUCAACGAACACGGCCGUGGGAUCGCCCUGGAGGGUUGUGGUGGAGACGCCAUGACCGAUCGCCUUGUUGAGCUUCUCGGCCACAAGGGCUUCACCCGGGAGAUGUGUGAACAGUUGAAACGAAGCAACAUUGUCGAGAUUCUGCCUCCAGGCACGCCACUGCCUGGAGCUGCUGCCACCGCGCGACAGGGUGCUAACCCUGCGGCUGCAGCUUCGACCGGUGGGCCAGAUGCAAACGACUCUGCUCCUCGUGGUCCUGGUGAUGGCACCCAAACCGGAACUGAGUCAAAUAAUGAUGAGGAGGAGGAAGGUGUUCUUGACGUAGCUGCUAUUGUCAGCGGCAACACCACUGAAUACCUGGCCAAUAUUGAAAAGGAGAAGAGCACUAAUAAGAAAGGAGCCGUUGAUCCCAAGGCAGCACGUCUGCCCAACUCCAAGAAAGAAAAGGCUUCCUUCCAAUAUGAGGGCUUCGUGCAGCUCGAGGAUGAGAAGGCAACCGUUAGCGGUCCCCGCCAGUACGUGCGCCACACGCGGGACAUUGAAGUUAGCGUUGAGCGUUUCCUUCUGACUUCACCUCGUUCCAACACUGGAGACCGUUUGACCGGUGGAAUCCUUGAAGAUAUUGCUACUCAAAUCCACCACACCAUUCUUGCCGUCCCAGAUGCCACAAAACGCAGCGAGCUCUGGGACUCAUUAAUCAUCGUCGGAUGUGGCAGCAAGGUCAAGGGUGUAAUUACCCAAAAGUUCAUUCUUUCCCCUUCCGGCACCAUCUUUACAUCUGAAAUUCCAUCCACCUUCACCACGCCUCUCCCCACUGGUGGCACUAAUACCCCGGCACCCAUGGGCCAACCCGGGCCAAUGUACCACCCCGCUGCCCAUGGGGUAAACCCUCUCCUGGUGGCUGCCACACACAACAACCCCGGCAUGCCUGGAAUGCCCGGCGCCAUGCCCGGCACUCCAGGCAUGGAUCCCAACAUGGCAUCCCACUACCGGUCCACGGGUCACUCCCAGACUCCAACCUCAACGAAAACCCUCAAGCUCCCUGAAUACUUCCCAGACUUCAAGGACCAGGGUAACAGCAACGCCCCUGGUGCCAGUGCAGGCAAUGCUGGGGCUACUCCGGGAGCUUCCCAGAGUGGCCACGGCUCGGAAGAGGCCGUCUUCCUCGGUGCCCAGAUGGCUGCCAAGGUUUUCUUCGUCGUGGACCAAGGUCUUAGCAAAGGAUACAUGAGCCGGGUUGACUACAAUGAGAGUGGACCCUCCGCGAUCCAUGAGUACAUUCUGUGA